GCGUUCCUACAAACAAUGGGCGGAGCUUUAGAGUAUGAAGGUGUGGUCUUAAUUAAAAUGGGGAAGAAAAGUACAAAGAAGUCUGGCUCUUCUACUGCUGGUACCAAUGAAGAAGAAGAGCCUCCAGCUAGCAAGAAGGCAAAAUUAGAAGAUGAUAAAGUAGAGAAGUCGCCUGACAAAGAUGAUGAUGCAAAGGAAGAGAUGGGACAAGCAGAGAAGCUACAAUUACUAGUGUCAGCAUUUAGCAGUCAACAAUUGGAUCAAUAUGAAAUAUUCAGGAGGGCUACUUUUCAAAAAAGCACAGUAAAGAAACUGAUGCAAUCUGUUUCUGGUGGGACAGUAUCACAGAAUGUUGUCAUUGCAAUGGCCGGGAUGGCUAAAGUGUAUGUUGGUGAGAUUGUAGAAGCUGCUUGUGAGGCUAGAGACAAAAUGGAAGAGACUGGCCCCCUGAAACCCAAACACAUCAGAGAGGCCGUGAGAAAACUGAGGCAAAAGAACAAGAUACCCAAUCGACAUAAGAAAGUACUCUUAUGGAGAUAGCAACCAAUGUUUUAUUAUUGACAAUUGUAGUUCAAAACAUUUCUGCAUCAUUGUAACUUGUAAGAAUGCAUUAUAGUUGUUUAUGCAAUCUUGCAUUUACAUUAUCUGUCAUGGUUAUCAAUUA